AUGGCAGCCGGGCCGAGGAUCCCGCGGCCUGAACCUUCUGUCCCAGCUCCCAGGGCCCCGCAGGUCGGGCCGUCGUCUGACGCGGGGCCUCUGCUGUUUGGCAGGAGGGCCCCGUGGCGGGGCAGGCUGUCUCACCUGGAAGCUGACCUGAGCCCGACGGCGUCUGUCCCGGCCUCCUCUGUGGCUGAGCAGCUGCACGAGCUGCCUUUCACCCCCCUGCACGCGCCCAUCGUCCUGGAGGCCCAGGCCCGGAGCUCCGGGCGGACGCUCUCGCGAGCCUCCCUGGCGCGGCUGCAGGCCUCCGGCUUCCCUGAGAUCCUGGACGCCAGCAAGCAGCCCGCCGAAACCGUGGCUCCUACUGACCCCGUCAAAUUUAACCCUCAGAAGGAGCAAUCUGAUCGCCUCCAAAGCAACGAAAUAGUGCUGCAGUUUCUUGCCUUUAGCAGAGCGCUCUGA